CUUCCCUGCGGCGCGACGGGAACGGCGAGGCCGGGCUGGGCUCGGGCCGCCCGGGGUCCCUCCAGCCGCUGCUGACGCCGCCCAGGAGGAGGGGGGGCCAGGCCUGGCCCGGCUUGGCCUGGCCGGGCCUCACCCGAGCCGACCCCCGCAGGGCAUCCACCAUGAGGAGGGAAAUGAACGGCGUGACCAAGAGCCGCUUUGAGAUGUUCUCAAAUAACGAUGAGGCCGUGAUCAAUAAAAAGCUCCCCAAAGAGCUACUGCUUCGAAUAUUCUCCUUCCUGGAUGUGGUCACCCUAUGCCGUUGUGCUCAGGUCUCCAGGGCAUGGAACGUCCUCGCCCUGGAUGGCAGCAACUGGCAACGCAUUGACCUGUUUGAUUUCCAGAGGGACAUAGAGGGCCGGGUAGUAGAGAAUAUUUCCAAAAGAUGUGGGGGCUUCUUGCGGAAGCUGAGCUUGCGCGGAUGCCAAGGCGUCGGAGACAACGCGUUAAGGACAUUUGCCCAGAACUGCAGAAAUAUCGAAGUGUUGAACCUAAACGGCUGCACCAAGAUCACAGAUGCUACCUGUACAAGCCUUAGCAAGUUCUGCUCCAAACUCCGGCAUCUUGAUCUGGCUUCCUGCACAUCGAUAACCAACCUGUCCCUCAAAGCGCUGAGCGAGGGGUGCCCUCUGCUGGAGCAGCUCAACAUCUCCUGGUGUGACCAAGUGACGAAAGACGGCAUCCAGGCUUUGGUGAGAGGUUGCGGCGGACUCAAAGCCCUGUUUCUUAAAGGCUGCACACAGCUGGAGGAUGAAGCCCUCAAGUACAUUGGAGCGCACUGUCCCGAACUGGUGACUCUCAACCUGCAGACCUGCUUGCAAAUUACAGACGAUGGCCUCAUUACAAUAUGCAGAGGGUGCCGCAAGCUGCAAUCUCUGUGUGCCUCUGGCUGCUCCAACAUCACUGACGCCAUCUUGAAUGCUUUAGGGCAAAACUGUCCAAGACUUAGAAUAUUGGAAGUGGCCCGAUGCUCUCAGCUCACAGAUGUGGGCUUUACCACUCUGGCUCGGAAUUGUCAUGAACUAGAAAAAAUGGAUCUGGAAGAAUGCGUUCAGAUAACUGACAGCACGUUAAUCCAGCUCUCGAUACACUGUCCUCGGCUCCAGGUUUUGAGCUUGUCCCACUGCGAGCUGAUCACCGAUGACGGGAUUCGCCACUUGGGCAACGGCGCCUGUGCUCACGACCGCCUGGAGGUGAUCGAACUGGACAACUGCCCUCUGAUCACCGACGCCUCCUUGGAGCACCUCAAGAGCUGCCAUAGCCUGGAGAGGAUAGAAUUGUACGACUGUCAACAGAUCACACGGGCGGGAAUCAAGAGACUCAGGACUCACUUACCCAAUAUUAAAGUCCACGCCUACUUCGCCCCCGUGACCCCACCGCCAUCGGUGGGGGGCAGCAGACAACGCUUCUGCAGAUGUUGCAUCAUCCUAUGACGCGGGAGCCGGUUUACUCUGCGCAAAACAAACAAGAGAAUAACUUGAGUAUUUAAAUUGCCCUUCUAGAAGUAACAGCAGACACACCAGUCUCUCCAUGGAAGAGCGAUGCUGUUGGCCCCUUUGCCAGGGCCACUGGAAAGGAAAGCAAAGCGAGGGGGUGUGUUGAGGGGGGUGGGGGAGGACUGGUUGCCGAACUGGGUCCUCCCUUUUGCCGUUAUAGCUGCACACUCAACUACAUGUCAUAGUGUGUAUGCGCACACAUGUGAGCUCUCUUUCUCUUUCUCUCUCUCUCUCACACACACACAAGUGCACAUACUCCUACCUACAUGUUCCAGCCAACAAGAAGGACCCUGGAGCUGGCGAGCGGGGAUCAGCGAGAUCCUUCCUUUCCCCCCCCCCCCCCAUAGGUGGAUUGAUAUAAAAUUAUGAACCAUUCCUACUGGGCACGCUCAGAAGAAAUCAUGGGGGUGGGCGGGGAGAGAAGAGAGGGAGAGGAGGGGAUCGUCACACAGAUCUGAGGAACUGCUGCUGCUCGGCGGGAUGGGGUGGGGGCAGGGGUCUUUCAUUGCCGGAAACAGCAAAACGGGCGGCAGUCUCCCCACCCCACCCCAAGUGUGAGGACGGGGGAACGGCCAUCGAGGGAAGGGAACAAUCAUAACGAACUCCGAAAUCCUGCAUCCGCUGUCCAGAGGGGAAGAAGAAAACGAGAGAACCCCAAUGGUUAUAUUUUUUACUUUAAAAGAAAAGAAAAAAAAAAAUCAUCAUCCUCGUGUAAGAGAAUGUUCAAAACAGCAGCCAUCGUGAGACGUUAAUUCCUGCGCUUCUGUACUUCCUCGUUUUUUUCCGUGCCGGCCCAAACACUGAGCAUGCUCACAUCGAAGGUUCAGCGGUUUCUCUUCCGUGUUUCGUAGCAUUUGGCUCAGAGGCUUUCCUAGAUUGUUGUGACGAUAAAGCUAGAAAUCUGUAA